GAAGACGGGGUGGAUCUUUUCAGUCCGUACAGAAUGCUGUAAAACUGUUGAUAAUUUCUUGGAUAAAGCUGUUUAAUAAGACUCAUGCAGCUAACUAGCCGUGUCCUGUGGUGCUUUUGAAAGGUCAUCGUCAUUGCAUGACAAAGGCAGUGGCAGAUUCAUCUUCAUCACUCAUACAGCAUUUCCAUAGUUUUUCUUCAGUGCAGUAAUAUCAUGAAGGGUGGAGGAAGGGGCAAGGACUCACCUGUUGCAGGGGAGGUCACUGGCAAACGCCCCAAACGCAAAUGCUUGCAGUGGCACCCACUUCUUUCCAAAAAGGCUCUUGAUUUCUCUGAGGAGGAGGAGGAAGAAGAUGAAGAGGAGCUAGGGAAGCAGGCAGGGCUGUGCAACCAGGCCCAGGAUUCAGAGAUGCAGUGUGGAGUCACAACAGAGGAAGUGGAAGAUGACACAAAUGAACAGCGGGCACGCCGGCCAAUGAAUGCCUUCCUACUCUUUUGCAAACGCCACCGCUCACUGGUGCGGCAGGAACACCCUCGCUUGGACAAUCGUGGGGCCACUAAGAUCCUGGCUGACUGGUGGGCUGUGUUGGAGCCCAAAGAGAAACAGAAAUACACUGACAUGGCCAAGGAGGUGAGGCUAUUUUAUGACUCUUUCAAGUUUAUGAUAUUUCUGUGUUUUGUUCGACAAGAUCACCUACACAAAGUGAUAGCACUUUUAUGACUUUCUGAAGCUUAAAUGCUAUCU